UGAGAAGAAUUCCAGUCGGGCAGUGAAGUAGUCUCCUGAUUCGAAAGGGGACCUGUUGCGUCAAAAGAAACCAGGUCCUCUCUUCAGACGGAGACGUGUCCUGUGAAUUCAAGGGGUUUGUGCUGUGUGUGGAACCUUUGCUAUGCCGGGUCCCAAUCCUAGCGCCACCAGUGUGGGUGCCUCUAGUCGCUCCCCUAGCAAAGCAGUAGCCCCACGUGCGACGGGAUCCACAGUGCGACAGAGGAAAAAUGCGAGCUGUGGAACAAGGAAUGCAGGUCGUUCAACUUCUGCUGGUACUGGAGGAAUGUGGAGAUUUUACACAGAGGAUUCCCCUGGUCUCAAAGUAGGCCCUGUUCCAGUUCUCGUUAUGAGUCUUCUUUUUAUUGCAUCUGUAUUUAUGUUGCACAUCUGGGGGAAAUAUACUCGCUCAUAAUGUCAUAUCUACCAAAUUUAAAAUCACAUUCUGGACCAAAUUAACAUAGCUAUCGGAUUUUACUUAAUCAAAUUAUUUUCCGUUGAAGAUGCUGUUUGUAUCUACACAAUUAAAUUGCA